UCUCAAUGGCAUAAAAGUCUAUUUGCAUACAUCACUCUCCCAAUCGCUCUCCCUUCCGUUUGAAGUGCCAGGGCCGGGGAAGAACCCACGUUCAAUGUCACAUUCGGUGGCGCCAGCCGCGACCAGCCUCGAAGAAAGCGCAACGGCGACCUGUGCUUGUAGCCACACAAUGCUACCACGGGUGCGAUCUUGGCAUCACAAGCGACGAUAGAUCUUGCAUUGGCGACGAAUGCGGCAUGGGUGGACUGGAAUCCAACGCCGUCGAACACACAUAUGAAAACAGAGCGCAGCAGUCGACACCAGGCUCUACCCAACUCGCCAGUGCACACAACUCUAGGUGACGUCGGCAGGUCGCCGACGGUCGAGUUUCGCCAUCGUGCCAAGCACCAAACGAGGCGAUGAGUGGUGGGGCUUUGCAGGAUCCGUGUCUCUUGGGGAGCCCAGAUUUGCCAAUGCAGGUUCGGGUUCAAGGCCACGCGCGGGUCCUUCGGUGGGAUUGCCCGCGUUUGCAUCCUUCGAGCUGUGGGAGCAGUUGACGCUUUCAACUUGGACUGGUGAAAGCAUGAUAUGCAGUCCACUACUUUGUGACGGUGGUGGGUUCUCUUGGGUGGACAGUGGCCCCUCGGCGCUACGUUCCACUGCUUCGUCCUGAACAGGCGGCGGCGUGGGAUUCGUUGCGAACGAAUUCAGUUGAUUGUCGUCGAGCGCCGCGUUUUCACCGACACCAUCGACGAUGACGAUGCCCGAUGCGAUGGGAGAUGCAGGACAGUCCUUGGGGACGACAUGGCAUGUUGUCGGUUUGCAGCCGUCCUUGGGUCCGACAAGCGACCGUUUGAGCCAAAACGACCCCUUCACGUGAUGUUCAUAAUGGCAUGCCCGUUCCCGCGCUACCUUUGCUUCAGCUACAAUUCGCUGCAGCUCGCUCUCAAGAUGGUUGCGCGAGGCUUGGGCACUUUUCCGCUUGGACUUGUCGUCGUUGCGUUUGUGAUUGAGGAACGCCAUCGCCCGGUCGGUGUCGCUCCCGCGUAAUUCGUGCGUGGUCAAUCCUAAAGCAGCUUUUCGAUGGUACCAUCGAUUUCUCGCGGCCAUGGUGUGUUCUUGCGCCUUUCGCAUGCGGAGACAGCGCAUCGCUGCUGUUGUUUCAGCCAACCGUUCGUGGCGGUCCAUGGGUCUUGAGCUGGCCAUACCACAUCGUCGCCACUCGCGCUUGGCCUGUUGUUUCAGCGCGUCGUCCUCUACUGCUUUCAUCUUGGCUUUCUUCAUGCGGGCAUUCCAGGUAGCCACACGCUUUGCCGCGAUUUUGGCCGCGAUACACGCUGGAUCGUCACGAACAUCGUCCAUUUUCAAAGGCGCAAUUCCUCGGCGUCGCAUUGUCCCGUCGGGACAACCCCCAGGUGCGAUACACUCGUCUCGACGAAAACAAUGCUUGAGAAUUGUGGCUUCGUCGUACGAGUUGGACACUAGAUGCAAGGGCGGUGACGGUAGAAUGUCCUUGAAUUCUGGUGAAUCGACCCUCGCGCUGGAAUAUCCAUCGUCAGACGCAUUCGAUCUUGGUUCAAGAGCGAGCGUCUUGACGUCGGUGCUAUCCCCACGACAAGUGGGUCCAGCCGAUGCGAGAGGAGCAGAGAUUCCAGCAGUGUCGACUGCAUCGACUGCUCUUGGCUGUCGCGCAAGGGGAGUGGCAGGAGCGUCGACCUCAAAGUCGCCGUCCCCAUACUCGUCGCAGUCAUCCGCCAUUUGAGAAGGUUG